AUGGAAUGGUAUUAUAAGAGAACUUCAUGGUUGGGAUUGGAUGGUGAAGAAAAACAAUUGAUCUAUAAGUUGGUCAAUUUUCGCAUGAAAGAAGGCAAAAAGACAAGAGUUCGUGCUAUCUUCCAUGAAACCCUUCACAAGCUAGCUCGUACUGAUCGUGAUGCAAUCAAACUUAUAUCUGAAGCCCUGGAGAAUGUGAAACCCAUUUGCGAAGUAGCAAAAGUAAGAAUAGUUGGUAAUAUUUAUGAUGUCCCUAGGGUUGUAGCCAGGGAUAAACAACAAAAUUUAGUUGUUCAUUGGAUCCUUGAUGCAGCUAAAAAACGACGAACUAAGUAUAGCUCAAGAUUAGAGGAAUGUUUAUCUGCUAAGAUAAUGGAUGCUUAUAGGAAGAGGGGAAUUGCACGUAAGAAAAGAGAGGUUCUUUAUGCACUUGCUUCCACUAAUCGAAGCUAUGCCCAUUUCAGAUGGUGGUAA